AUGGACAAGCCGACCAGCACUGCACACAACGGCUGCCGGAACUGGGGGACAAUCCCGGAGUCAGAGCGCCUGGAGCAGACUCCGGUCACCGACUCGUUAUACGGACAUUACACAGAGCAACAGAGGGACCUUGACAAGACUGACUCCAACCUCCUUUCUCAUGAUGGUCAAUCGCGGAUGGGACAGCCCCAAACAUCCGCUCCUCAAUCCCCCACCCCAGAGAAGGAGGCACAGCCGACUGGCAGGCAAGCCCUGAGACAGUGGUGGCUGAAACACAACCUGAAUGCUCUUGUUGAAGACUGGCUGUUCCUGGUGCUGCUGGGACUGACCAUGGCCCUCGUCAGCUGGGCUAUGGACUAUGUCAGCAGCAGAGGCCUCGACGCUUACAAGUGGAUGUAUCUGGAAAUGCAGCACAAUGUGGGUUUACAGUACCUGGUCUGGAUAGGCUACCCUCUGGCUCUGAUCAUCUUCUCCGUGGUUCUCUGCCAGGCCCUGUCACCACAAGCGGUGGGGUCUGGGAUACCCGAAUUGAAAACCAUCAUCCGAGGAGCGGUUCUUCAGGAAUACCUCACAUUCCGCACGUUCAUCGCUAAGGUGCUGGGAUUAACAGCCGUGCUGAGUAGUGGAUUACCAGUGGGCAAAGAGGGCCCUUUCGUCCACAUUGCCAGUAUCUGUGCAGCGCUCCUGAGUAAGCUCCUGUCCGGUAUCAGUGGCAGCAUGGAGAACAUAUUCAGAACAAAGGCGAUAGUGAUCCCGGCAUGUGCAGUUGGAGUAGCCUGCUGUUUUGCAGCUCCCCUUGGAGGAACACUAUAA